AUGGGGCGCAGCCGCCACGUUUGCCUAUUCCCAUCGCCUCAAUUACUUACCAAUCCUCAACCUGAAUGGGUGCCAGGUCCUUAUCCUCAACCUGAAUGGGGUGCAGCCGCCACGCUUGCUUAUCCUCAACCUGAAAAGGGCCGGGUGCUUGUCCUCAACCUGAAUGGGGUGCAGCCGCCACGCUUGCUUAUCCUCAACCUGAAUGGGGCGCAGCCGCCACGCUUGCUUAUCCUCAACCUGAAUGGGGCGCAGCCGCCGCGCUGGCUUAUCCUCAACCUGAAUGGGGCCAGGUGCUUAAUCCUCAACCUGAAUGGGGUGCAGCCACCACGCUUGCUUAGCCUCAACCUGAAUGGGGGCUUGCUUAUCCUCAACCUGAAUGGGGCCAGGUGCUUAAUCCUCAACCUGAAUGGGGUGCAGCCGCCACGCUUGCUUAUCCUCAACCUGAAUGGGGGCCAGGUGCUUGUCCGGGCGCAGCCGCCACGAUUGCUUAUCCUCAACCUGAAUGGGGCCCAGGUGCUUAUCCUCAACCUGAACGGGGCGCAGCCGCCACGUUUGCUUAUCCUCAACCUGAAGGGGGGCCAGGUGCUUAUCCUCAACCUGAAUGGGAGCCAGGUGCUGAUCCUCAACCUGAAUGGGGCGCAGCCGCCACGAUUGCUUAUCCUCAACGUGAAUGGGGCCAGGUGCUUAAUCCUCAACCUGAAUGGGGUGCAGCCACCACGCUUGCUUAUCCUCAACCUGAAUGGGGGCCAGGUGCUUAUCCUCAACCUGAAUGGGGCGCAGCCGCCACGCUUGCUUAUCCUCAACCUGAAUGGGGGCCAUGGGGGCCAGGUGCUUGUCCUCAACCUGAAUGGGGCGCAGCCGCCGCGAUUGCUUAUCCUCAACCUGAAUGGGGCCCAGGUGCUUAUCCUCAACCUGAACGGGGUGCAACCGCCACGUUUGCUUAUCCCAGCCACCACGCAGAUGACGUCGUUGAUCACAGAAUGGGAAGGCGCUGAAGUGUACUGGCCGGGUCGCCUUUGCACCAAAGGCUUGCCUCCGGAAAAUUGGGUCAAAGGCCGCGUGCGGCCCGCGCUGGGAAAUCGCAUUGAUUUGGGCCCAUACAUCUUGCAACAGCCUGGGAAUGCUGAUGACGAUGAUUGGGUCUUUGUUGGCAAACUUGAUCAAGCGAUGUGGGCAAUGCGCAUCAACUCUUGCGCAGGCAGAAACCCAUAUGUGCUAGUUUUGAGGAAAAUGCAGCCAGGAGAUUUGGUGCGGACCUGCGAUCUCGAGCCAGACUGCACGGCCUCGGGUGAGGUGAUCGCCGAGGAUCACAAGUUUGAAGACAGGCCGGCAACCGCGGAAGAUGUGUUGGGGCCCCCAACGAAGCGACUUCGCAAGAAAACGGACCCUGCCAAUGUGAAGUUGCGUCGCGAGCUGUCGCAUUCAGCCUCGCGUGAACCUAUCCUCAUUGCCAAGAGCCGUCGUGCGAGAAGGGUUUCGCGUGAAACAGGAUGGACCACUCCACUUUAA